CACACAUUUUAUUUCCCAGAAGUGAAUAUGGCGUCAAAGUAGAUGCUUGCGGUUGUUUUGACAAUAGGGAUGCUGGAUAAAUAUCUUUAAUUAAAAAUGAUGGACGUAUGAAAUCAUGAAGUUCAUCAAAGAAACUUUACGGCUUUUUAUGUUAGUGUGACUUUCUAACUUGUGAGACAUGAUUUAUUUAAAUAAUGUGACUGUUUGUGAAUACAGUUUUGUAUUUCUGGUUAUCGUUGCUACUGUUUUGACACAUUCACAAGCUCAUGUUCUCGAGUUCACGAUAGAACCCACAGACACGGUGGUAGAAAAUGGUCAAUCUGCCGUUCUGGACUGUAUGGUCAAAGCAUCGCAACAUCAGUCAACUGUCCUUAUACAAUGGCUAGAUGGAGACAGGCAAAAACUAACUUUUUCUGGUGAUACUUAUAGAUCUCAGCUCACAAAUGGAUCAUUGUACAUCACCAGUGUCAGCGAAGAAUUGGGAUUAACUGGUACCUACAGAUGUAUGGCGACGUUGCCAAACAUAGGUUCCAUCGUGAGCCGUAAUGCAACUCUCAGUGUAGCCAGUCUCUCCGGUUUCCACGAUGGUCCACGAGAUUUGACCGUCUUCGUUGGCCAGAAGGCUUAUUUUGCUUGUAGAGUCCAGGCUCUGCCUCAGCCCAAGAUAAAAUGGUUGAAAGACGAGAGGCCGUUCCACUUGGAUGACUUGAGGAUGACCAUCCUGCCUUCUGGUGCGCUAGAAAUAGAUGAAGUGGUUGAAUCGGACCAAGGAGCUUACAGAUGUAACGCUUCAAGCUUAAACUCUUACAAUUUAAGUAGCAAAGCUAUAUUAAAGGUUGACGCGGAUAUCGACAAAGCCACCCAAAUAACAGCUCCGAACUUCAUAGCAAAGCCACAUAGGGAGGUGGUUAUCGAGGGUCAAGAAGUUUCGCUAGAUUGUGCAGCUAACGGUUAUCCCAAGCCAUCUAUCAAAUGGCUUAAGGAUGGAGUAACUAUCGACAUGAAUGACUUGGAUAGUAGGUACAGUUUGGUUGGUACCACUAGUUCUCUCAGGAUUACCAACAUACAAGAGUCGGAUACUGGGACAUAUCAAUGCCGAGCACACAAUAAGGAAGAUAGUGACGAUGCUUCUGCUACAAUUGAUGUUCAAGUGCCUCCAAGGUUUUUAGUAAAACCAGACGAUAUAAUAGAAUUCGAAAAGAAAGACAUUCAGUUGAACUGUAGUGUGUACGGUAAACCUACGCCUAAAAUCGAAUGGCUCAGGAAUGGAGAACCCUUACUUUCUAGCGAUUAUUAUCAAAUCGUUAACGGCCAUAACCUCAAAAUAAUGGGGCUAGUAUUGGGGGAUUCAGGACUGAUUCAAUGUACGGCCUACAACUCUGCAGGAAAUGUUCAGACAGCAGCUAAUGUCAAGGUCCUGAAAGCAGAGUCGAAGAAGGUCAAGCACAAGGGCGCGCCCAAAAAGGUGCCAGCCCUCGAUACGGGCAAGCUCCUCAAGAACCAGUCGUUCACGUUGUUCUCCAGUCUGAAAUCGGAAAAGACAGCGAAACUGUCAGACGUCGACUUCAGCCACCUCUAUCAGAGGGCUAACUUCAAGCCGGGUCCGACCAAUGACCUGAAAAAUUUCAAUCCGAUGAGCGCCUUCUCCUCAUUGGUUAGCAGCGACGCGAACGACACGGACAUUGAGUAUUUCCAAGCUAACCUUCCCACCUACCCUAAACCCAUUUCAGGACAGCAGCAGGCCGGUAAGAAGGAUGGAGUUGAGAUUGGGGCGCCUCAGGACGUUAAAGCUCCUGUGAUCAAGGGUAGGUUCAUCAUACUAAGCUGGAAGCCGCCGGUGGGCAAUGCGGAAGACAUCGAGGGUUAUUCUGUCUACUACCAACAGGAGGGGAGCGAGAGAGAAAGGGUACAAAACUCAAGCCGUUCAAAGCUGGAAGAAAUCAAAAUCGGUGGUCUGAUCCCAGGAAGAGUGUAUCACUUCCGCGUUGUGCCCUUCAGUUCCAAAGCCUCGGGUCACACAUCCAAAGUAUUGACCAUAACCACAUUAGCCGAAGAACAAGUUCCAAGUCCACCUCUCUUCUUCGAAGCUUAUGCCACAGGUGCCAGAUCUAUACACGUCAGCUGGAGACCACCAGAGAAUCCGAUAGGAACGGUAGAAAAAUACACAGUAUACUAUAUGGAGACAAGAUCAUCUAUCGAACACCAUAUCGAUACCAACGAACUGGAAUGGGAUUUCAAUAAUAACUUGGGAGUGUAUACGGAAUACAGCUUAUGGGUUGUUGCUGUCAAUCAGAAUGGACCCGGAGCUGCAACUGAAGAAAAAAUUGUUAGAACUUUUGGAGACAUACCUUCAGAACCACCAUUUAACGUUUCAAUCGAAGCUGCCAGCACUAGUUUAACAGUUCUUUGGCAGCCUCCGCCACUUUAUGCACAAAACGGUAUAAUAACGGGUUAUAAAAUUAAAAUGAGAAAGACUGGUUCGAAAAAAGCUCAAACUACCACUGCCUCUGCCAAUGAAAGAAGUUACGUUUUCACUGAUUUAGAUAAAGAAACAGGGUAUCAGAUAAGGUUAUGGGCCAUGAAUACCAAUGGUACAGGACCUCCAACGGAUUGGUACACUGCUGAAACGAAUGAAAAUGUCCUUGAUGAAAGCAAAGUGCCUGAUAAACCUGGCCCCCUUACAGUUCGGCCGUUUUCUGACAAAGUAUUUGUAAGUUGGACUCCGCCAAAAAAUCAGAACAUAAAAAUCAGAAAUUACAUCUUGGGAUGGGGUAAAGGAGUCCCAGAUAUGUUAUCCGAAGAACUUGAUGAUAAAACAAGGAGUUAUAUGAUUGAAAGAUUAGAACCAAAUUCUGAAUAUGUGAUAAGUUUGAGAGUGAGUAAUCAAAUGGGAGCUGGAAUACCAGCUUAUGCUAAUGUUAGAACUCAAGAUGAGCCUCCACCAGAGCCACCACAACCUCUAAUUCCACCUAUAGGCCUUAAAGCUCAUGUAUUGAGUAAAGAUUCUGUCGUAUUAUAUUGGACUGAUACCACCCUAGGAAAGAAACAGAUAAUCAAUGAUGAUAAUCGUUAUUAUGUGGUGAAGUAUGCUGCUGAUAAAAGUUUGAAAAGUAAAUUUUUGAAUGUGUCCGAUUUGAAUGUGAUGAUAAGUGAUCUCAAACCGAAUACUCUUUAUGAAUUUUCUGUCAAAUUGGUUAGAGGUCGAAAAGAAAGUCCUUGGAGUAUGGUGGUAACUAACAGCACUUGGGACACGCCCCCCAGUGCUGCACCUAGAGAUCUUGACGUUCACAUGACAGAAGAUACACAACAAGUGGAGUUGUCAUGGCAACCACCUAAAAUGUCUGGCUCACGAGUAACAGGUUAUAUAAUAUUCUACACUGAUAAUGUCGCUAAAAGCGAUAGGGAGUGGUCAGUGUUGGCAAUAAAAGGUGACAAACAUACCAGUAUCAUACCAGAUUUGAAACCGUUUACUGAGUACUUCUUCAAAAUCCAAGCAAGAAAUGGUAGAGGUGUUGGUCCAUUCUCUACAGUUGUUACUUUUAAAACUGGGCAAACUGUUGGUAUUGCACAUUCCUCUAGAGGACAAGCUUCAGAUUCCGAUAGCAUAUUUACUGUUGAUGUGCUAUUGUACCUGAUCAUAGUUGGCUGUGCUAUUGCUGUAACAACUGGUAGUAUUGUCAUAGCUUAUCUGUGUUGUCAAAGAAAACCACCACCUGCGACAUCACCAGAUAGAAGUAAGAAGGGAUACCAAAAGGGUAAUCAGAAUAUCAAACCUCCUGAUCUCUGGAUACAUCACGACCAAAUGGAAUUGAAGAAUCUCGAAAAAAGCCAUUCUAGUAAUGAUGCAGCAAGUAGUAGUGGAGCCCUUACGUUGCCUAGGAGUGUUGGUGGAAAUGAUUAUGAUAACCAUGAUAAUAUCCACUCCAGUUCUUUGGAUAAGAGAACUUAUGUUCCAAGUUAUAUGGACGAUAAGAAAAGAACACCUAAAAGUAAACCCAUCUCGUUUCCAGUAGAUUCUAAGCCGCCCAGGGAACCCAUCGCCACCCCGAUCAAUACAGCAGGUAUCAGUCAGUCUAGUACAGAUUCUACGCCAUCUAGCAAGCCGCCAUAUACAAGAACACAGUACAGUGCUCCAAGAGCUCAUGUUACAGUGGAUGCCGGGCAUCCUAAUACAGCUCUUAUAGAGAACCCAUAUGCUUCUCAUCCAAGCAACAUCCCGAUUGGCUUUGAGGGUAUGCCAUCCUAUAUUAGUCAAGCCCCUCCUGUGGCACAUGUACCUUCGACAAGUGGGUACGCGCCUGGUAUGAGCGUAUUGGCUGAAUCACAGGGUGGUAAGAGGUUGCAGGGACAGGGGCAUCCCCUGAAAAGUUUCACAGUACCUGCUCCUCCGCCAAUUUCCGCGCCUGGCACACCCCAAGCAAAACAUAUUGUUUCUCAACCCCAAGUUACAAUCAGACCUAACUGUUCGCCAUUCAAGAAACUGCCACCAUCUCAGAUGGGCAGUUUGACUCCCCCGUCUAGAAUCAGUGCCUCCAAUCCCCCUCCACACACGACCGACGAGAUACAGCGGUUGCAGCCUUCACACUCGACAGAAGAGCUCAAUCAAGAGAUGGCCAACUUGGAAGGCCUAAUGUUAACUUUAAAUGCCAUAACUGCCAAUGAGUUUGAAUGCUAGUAUUUGAAUUCUGGAGUGAGUUCAUGAACUUGUAUGUUGUUUCAGAAUUAUUUGUUGAUACUUGAAAAAGCUGUUCUAUUCUCUGAGAAUGUAGAGUACUUACUACAUUGAGAAAUAUUCACUGCCAUCUAUGUGUUGAAUCUACCAAUGUAUUGGUAAUGAUAAUACUUGAUUGAGGUUAUCAAUUAAUGUAUUCCUUUAGUUUUACUAAUUGACUUCUCUAUUUUACGAUUCUGAUUUGCUCAUUUAAAAACGUAUAUCCUAUAUGUCGGCAGCUCAUACCUUCGUAUUAAAUCUAUUAUUUUCAAUUUUCGAUGGAAAAUAGAAUAGCUUGUUAUUUGCAAUGACUGAGUAAAUGGGAGAAGUGCAGCUAUGUUGUUAAGAUUGCCUAAAUUUUAAACGAAUUUUUACAACAAUGACGCCUAAAAUAUAAAUUAAUUCAUUAUUUCAUGAAGAGACUUGAAGUGUUCUUGCCAUGUUAUGGAUGAUUUUAGAUAAUAUUUGGUAUACAAUGUACAUACUCUGAUGAACUGCCUAAAAUUUUUUUGUGUAAAUAAUAAAAAAAAUGUAUAAAUUAGAUUUAUUCGAGUUAGCAAAAAGUGGAACACAUUUUCUUGAUCGUUUUAAAACAUUCGGAUUUAUUUCAGCUAUCACUGUAACAAAAUUUCAUUCGGCUUUUUGUCUCAAUGUUGAGUGUUCAAUUCACGACUAUGGAUUCAAAAAACAAAUAGGUGAAGAUUGUUGGAAUGAAAAAAAAAUGGUUUUGUAGUUUACACAAAGAUAUUCUGUGAUUUAUGUGUUUGUUAAAUUUUUGAAAACAAACAAUCAAAUUUUUCAUUACUUGUGAGUGAAAGUUUAUAUUUAUUAUUUUUUAGUGAUACGUAAUUAUUUAUUUAAUUUUGUAAGGCAUACUACUUUGGAUGUCCAAGUCUAAUUUAGGUUUGAAAUUUUUCUAAAUAUUGUCUACAAAUGUACUUUUAGUGUAAUAUAUAUAUAUUUAUAUAUAUUUGAAACAAUUUUUUACUGUAACAAUGGUGUAAUAAAAAAUACUCUUUACAUGUAUGCGACUGAUUCUUAAUAAAAUUCAAACUAUUUUA